GCAUUGGCAAAGCGACAGCAACGCAGGAUUGUAGCUGCUCGGGGCUGCUGAGCAAAUACCAUCUCAGGCCGGGUUGGAUAGGACCCUAUCGCAGUUUCUAUCAUUUGAAAAUUAUAUAUAGAUCGACUGGAGAGUGUUUUAAAUUUAAGUGGAUCAGAUUGUAACCAAGCCAUUUGGGCUUAUUUAAACAUUUUAUAUAGGCUAUUUGUUUUGUAUUCGUUUAAAUGACCUCGACUCUCACCAAUGGUGUAAGCUGUGUUCAUCUCUACAUGGGGCCCUUCCACAGCACCGGCUUUGCAGGCCCCCUCCACACUAUUAACAUGGAUGGCAGGGACGAUUUCAUUGAGGACACCGAAUGCCACAGCAACAAUUCCCAACAGGACAGCAUUUCAGAAGACAGUGAUAGCGACCUGGACAACCACGACUCAUCCUCCAACACCUCAGCUGACGACCACAUGACCUCCACCAAGAGAACACACCACAGGGGAGUUAAAGAAGAGAGCGAGGAGGGGGCCGACCUGAUGAACAGCUGUGUGUGUCCUCUGUGCACCCUGGAGUUCAGCAGCCCCGAGCAGCUCAUCACACACGUCUACCAGCACACAUCGUUGAUGGGCAGCAGUAAGAACUACGUGUGCCCAGUGUGUGGGCGCACGCUCAGCUCGCCAGGCUCCCUGGGGCGCCACCUUCUCAUCCACUCUGAGGACCGCCUCUCCAACUGUGCUGUGUGUGGGACACGCUUCACCGACACCAACAACUUCAACAGGUCUGUGCCGCCCCACCACUGUAACUGA